CGCAUCCCAUUUCUUCUAAGGCGUCUUCCAGCUCGCUCACGCAGGCGCGAGCCCUGCAGUUCCUUGUUUCUUUGGGGUGCGGACUGUACCAAGUAAACCCGGAGAGCGAGGGGCACAGUCCGGAACCCCUUGCGCUGGCCUCGUCGACGGCCCGACCCGGAUAGCCCCUCUUCCCAGUGGGCAACAGGAACGGUCCAUCUCGGCGCGCAAGCGUCCUAGGAUCUUCACGCCCCUUGCGCUCCCUCCUACCCCGCUUGCAGCGCAGGCGCAGAGCUCGGGCGUGCUGCUGCCGCCGCCGCCGAGCAGGAGCGGGCGGUCGUCAGCGCCGCAUUCCUCUCUACCUGCUGACAUCUACAUUAGAGAACUUGGGACUGAGGUGUGGUUGUGGAGAGCUGGCCAGGGAGGGACGCUGCCCAGCUGCUGCUCUGCUCCUGUCUCCUGUCCCCUCCCCUGGCCAUGACAGAGACCCGUGAGCCAGCUGAGACUGGGGGCUAUGCCAGCUUGGAAGAAGAUGAUGAGGACCUCUCUCCAGGCCCCGAGCAUUCCUCUGACUCCGAAUACACUCUCUCAGAACCGGACUCCGAAGAGGAAGAAGAUGAGGAGGAGGAGGAGGAGGAGACCACAGAUGAUCCUGAAUAUGACCCUGGCUACAAGGUGAAGCAGCGCCUGGGGGGGGGCCGGGGGGGCCCAUCGCGCCGGGCCCCCCGUGCAGCCCAGCCCCCGGGCCCCCCAGCCCAGCCCUGCCAGCUCUGUGGCCGCUCACCCCUCGGGGAGGCCCCACCAAGCACCCCACCUUGCCGGCUCUGCGGCCCCGCUACAGCCCCCCAGGAAGCGCCCGUCCCUGAAGGCAGGGCCCUCGGGGAGGAAGAGGAGGAGCCGCCUCGGGCUGGGGAGGGCCCAGCAGCUGGGAGGGGAGGGGAGGAGGACGAGGAGGAGGAGAGCGGCACCUACCACUGUACAGAAUGCGAGGAUUCCUUCGACAACCUUGGCGAGCUGCAUGGGCACUUCAUGCUGCAUGCCCGGGGGGAGGUGUAGGCGGAGCCCGCCCCCCUGCGGAGCUUGGGAAAGGGAUGGGGUGGGAGGUGGGGGCCAGGGAAGUUGGGGCGGCUGCAGUGGUCACGGGGCAUGGGGUUCCGCCGAUCUGUGUUGUCUUAGCAGUAGAUGUGUGAAGGCCAGAAUAAAAGCUGAUUUCUGUGUGUGUCGGUCCAGCAUGUGUUUGGUGUUUGUGUGUGUGUACGUGUGUAGUGUGCUUCAGUGUGAGGCAUGUGCGUGCCUGGGCAUUCAUCUCCCCGUUCCACUGGGCUCCUCGGGGAAACCGUGGGAUUGCUGUUGCCAAGAUAAUUAAUGUUUACUAAGUGCUUAUGUUCAGGGUGCUUUACAUGUAUUAACUCUUGGACCCAUUUUGUACAGGCUCAAACACAAAAGAGUGUUGUCACCCAGUCACGUAAUUCCAGGGUGGGUGUCAGGGGUUGGCAAGCAACCCUUCACCAUUCCUCAGUCCAGGGACCCAGGCCAUCCCUUCAGCCUGUGGUUGUCCACAUGAUCAUGGCUGGGUGGCCAUGGCCUGGGUCCUGCCAGUGGAAGAGGAAAGAGAGCUAGAGAGAAUGAGUGUUCUCUUACAAGCCCUGCCCAGAAGUGGCACAGACUGCUUCCAUUUAUGUUCCUUUGCUGGGAAUUUAGUGACAUGGCCACUGCUCACUGCAAGGAGUCUGGGAAAGGUGGUCGAGCCAAGUGCCCAGAAAGCAGAAAAUGGUUUGUGGAGGACAGCUAGUGCUCUUUGCCACUUCGUCUAAGAACCUUCAUGAAGAAGACUUCAGUUGUAUUCAUAGCUGUGCCUCCUGACUGCUUGCUAGGUGCCAAAUGCUGGUCCAGGAGCUUUAUAUAUGUAUUGACUCAUGGGAGUUAUGCAUCUAGGAAUUUACAGAAAUAGAACCUGAAUGAUAAUUACAGCUGCCAUUUCCCAGCACUUACAGAGCGCUGCAUUUUAUUUGCAUGAGAUCAUCAGGGCCUUAGAAUAACUCUGUAAGGUAGGGACUGCGAUCCAGUAAUUCAUUUAAGAAAUAUCUUGAGUAUCUGCUGUGUGCUAAGCAUUGGGAAUGAAAUAAAAUCCUUGGCCUCAUGGGGCCACUGGUGGGGACAAACACAGAAAAUAAAGUAUGAAGUAGCAUAUGCUGGAUGGUGGUAAAUACUGUGGAGAAAAAUAAAGCAGAGAGGGGUGAACAGUUCAGGAAAGGGUUGCCACUGUAAGUAGGGCAGCCCUCCCUGAGGAGGUGACAGAGACCUAAGCAGACACCUAAAGGAAGGAGGGACCAGGGGGCCAAGCACAUGGGUGGGAGGAGGAAGGGGUCCAUGGUGUGUCAGGGAAGCCGGAGUGGCCAGAGCAGGUGAGGGAGGGGUGAAGACAGGAGCAAAAGGCCAGCUCAUUACAGCCGUGUUGGAAACUGGCUCUUGUGCUGAGAUGGGAAGUACUAAUUCACAGAAGUUUGGCACUGAAGCUCCUUUGAAAAUAGAAUCCUAAUUGUAAUGAUAGCUACCAUUUACUGAGCAUUUACUGUGUGCCAAGCCCUGUUCUAAGGCGCUUUACAUGUGUUAACUCAUAGAAGCUUGGCAACUAAGAACCUUCAAGAAUAGAACCUGAAUUACCGUAAUGGCCAUCAUUAAGUCAGCGCUCACAGAGGACCAGGCCCUGGGCUAAGCGCUUUAUAUGGACAAUCACAUCGGAUCCUUAUGAGAUGGCUGGAUACCAUGUCAACGUUCUUUCUGAGGUUUGAGGACUCUACCCAGGAAUUGAGCAAGGACCCGGUCACAUGGCCACACUGAGCCGCAAGAAGAUCUGGGAAGUACAGUCUUUGUAGCCACAUAUGCCUAACUACAAAUUGGGAGACAGCUAUCGGUGUCUACUACAGCUCAUCGAUUGGCUUUAAAAACAUCCCUUGAUUCAAACACAGUCUAUGAUUAUUAUAUUCAUGGCAUCAACCAUUGUUAUCUAGGGGCUGGGCAGGUAAUGCAAGGAAGUAAAGCUGGGCUUUUCAAGAGCUGAAAAUAGGAUCUCAACGGGAAAUCUCCCAGUGUUGGCCAAAUACAAAAGGAAACAGAAGGUAUCUCAGUGUGAUUCCAAAGCAGUUUCCCUAUAGGGCUGGGCUAACUCUGCCCUGAACUCCCCCCUCCCUGUGUCCUUCUUAAGUUCAGGAAUUCUCAUUGAAAAGCCAGAACUCCUUGUUUAGACAUUUUAAUAUAAACCUUCUCUGUUUACAGAUACUAUUUCUGUUACCAUGCUAUCUCAGCUACACAUAUAAAAAAUACUCCAUGACCAGAAUGGUACAUAAAAUUAUGCAAAUAGGCAAUAAAUUAUCUGGGGGUGGGGGAGCUGAGGCCAUCCAACAGCCACGGCCUCUUCUUAAGUGGGAAAGGCUGGCAGAGUGUGGGAGGAGACGAGGACUGGAAUCGCAAACCCCACAUGACUCAGAGUACAGCUCCCAACUUUGCUGCCCCUUCCGCAAAGACCCAAGUUGCUCCAUGUCUGGGACCCACCCAGUGGCAUUACAAGCUGGCAGUACUACCUUCCCUGCCCCCAUUCAGGCACAAAUCCAGGGAAAUUUGCUUCUACAGUCCAUGGCAUCCAUCUGGGGAGAAUUAAAGGUGAUGACACAGUC